AUGCCUCACAAACACAAGAGACGCGGCGAAGCCGACAAAUCCCAAUUCAACCUCCCACCCGAAGAAAUCGCCAAAGCCCUUCCAGUCCGCGACCCAAGCAAACCCAAGCAAAACAAUGGCAAGAAAGGCAAAGGCAAAAACCAACAGGCCCAGGCCCAAACUCCCAGCGCCAACAAAGCGCCCAAUCACCGCCGCAAAGGUGUUUCCGAAGACGAUACGCCCAAAGCAUUCCUCCGACUAAUGCAGUUCCAAACGACGGGCAAACGAGCGCCAUCUGGUCUGGAGACAGGCGAGAGUACCAAGAAGAGGAAGCGGGCGGAGAAAACCACAGACUCGAACAAGAAACCUGCUACGGAGAAGGUUGCUGCCUCUACUACUGCCAAGGCUGAGAAGCAGGGCCUGAAGAUCAUGCCUGGGGAGCGACUUGCUGAAUUUGCAGCGAGGGUUGAUCGCGAAAUGCCACUUUCGCAAAUGACUAAGACUAGCAAGUCUGGGGAGGCUAAGGCGAAUGAGCAGAGGAAGAGGACGAAGCAUGAGAAGCAUUUGCGGAGAUUGCAGAGUGGGUGGCGUGAGGAGGAGGCUAAGAUUAAAGAACGGGAAGAGGAGGAGAGGGAAGAGCGCGAGGCGGAAAUGGAGGUUGAGUUGCAGCAGUGGAAGGAUUGGGAGAUUGAGGCUGGUGGGAAAGCUAAGAAGAGGGCUCUUGUUGCGAAGAAGAAGAAGAAUAAGGAUGGUGGUGAUAGUGGUGACGAUGACCCUGAUCCUUGGGCGAAGUUGAAGAAGAGAGAUCAAGAACGGAAGAAGAAUCCGUUUGAGGUUGCGCCUGCGCCGCCUUCGUUGAUUAAGCCUCGGGAGAUUUUCAAGGUCCGUGGUGGUGCUAAGGUUGAUGUUGCCAAUGUGCCUUCUGCUGUUGGUAGUUUGCGACGACGUGAGGAGUUGGCUGGUGAGCGGAGGAGCAUUGUUGAAGAGUAUCGGAAAUUGAUGGCCGAGAAGCGCCAGUGA